AUGAGAUGUCAAUUCUUGACUAGGCGACCGUUAGCCAGGGUGUUCCGUGAGGGGUGGACCCCCCCCGUGGAGGGGACUUCGGGCGUUCCAAACAACCUGCAUCAGGAUCUCAAGCGGGGGUUACCCACACCUGACUACGCUAACCCUCGGGAGAUUACUCAGCAGGAUGGGGGGGUUUAUAAGCUUGAUUGCAGGCCGUCCAGUCCAGGCCGUCCUGUUCCCUUCACCGGGAUUCUGGGAAACGUUCUCGUUAUCUACACGGUGAGCAGCACGUCUCUGGACUUGCACCACCUGCCCCCCCCCACCGACAUCAUCCUGGUGAACCUGGAGCUGGCCAACCUGCUGACCUCCGUGUUCCUCACGGUGCCCAUCUUCAUCUCCGACUUCGGCGUGGAGGUGUACCUGUCCACGGGCUGGUGCCGGGUCUUCAUGUUCGCCUGGGUGUGGUGGCGCUCGGUGGGCGUGUGGGCCACCUUCUCGCUCAGCCUCUUCCACUUCGUGACGCUGCGCCGGCAGGGCGUGGCCGGGCCUCUGGCACGGUGGGCGGAGCUGAGGAAGGUGGGUGCCGCCCUUUUCCUGGUUUGGGCGCUCAACAUCCUGUACUCGCUGCCUGCCUUCCUGUACUCUGCCCACGUGAGGGGCAACUCCACGGUGGAGUUCAUGGUGAUCAGCUGCACCACACGCCCCCUGCUGGGCUGCAUCUGGGAGUUCCCCUCCCCGCGCGUCGGGAUCGCGUUCGCCACCACCUCGCUGGUCCUCCACGAGGUGGCGCCCAUGGUGCUGAUGGUGGCCCUGAAUCUGGCCACGCUGUGCAUGCUGAAGAGGCACAUCUGCUCCGUGGCAGGGGCGGAGCUGACGGGCUGCCACGUGGACAGAGAGCGCAAGGCCAGCAAGGUGAUCGUGGCGCUGGUCACGCUGUUCGUGGUCUGCUGGGGCACGCAGAUGCUCUCCGUGUCCUACUACAACUACAACAGGGGCGAGCAUGCCGUGUUCCUGCUCACGCUGGCACACUUCACCUCCUCCAUCUUCGUGGGAUUCAGCCCCCUGGUGGUGGCGUUCGGCCACAGCAAGCUGCGCAACAGGAUGAAGAGGAUGCUGCUCUGGGGCAGGGAGGAGGAGCAGGGAAGAGGAGAGGAGGAGGAAGACAAGGGGGCAGGAAAGGUGAUCAGCAGGGCAGGGAACGAUCCCCAUCCCUCCUGCUGAUUCAGGGAACUGAGCCGACUCUCUGCAGCAACUUCACUAGCCAUGCUGCUGGAAGCAAGAGCACAGCCAAGUGCAGUGAAGAAACAAAGACUGGAAAAGCACAGACACUCCACCUAUACACACAACCAUACAUAUACACAACUAUA